GUUGGUUCUCUCCUCCACCCGUCAAGCGUAUUUUUGCAUUCAGCUCUUUUUCAGAUCUCCAAAUCGUGACCCCAGUGGGUGGACAUUUUUCGUUGCAUAUCUAGGUGCAUUUUCACUCGGUUUAGUAUGUUCACACUGGUAACCUUGUUCGUGUUACAUGUUUACGAAUACCUGUUGCUUUUGUUCAGAGCACUGAACGUCGCAAGGCCGAGUCAUCUAAUGCGCAUCUUGGAACAUGUUGACCGAUUUUAUUGUAUAGAUAUGGACUCCAGGCCUCAUAAUAUGGGCGGAAAUGUGAUCCUGUACUACAACAUAGGCUCAAUGUGUGAAAUGAGUGUUGACAAGAGCUCGAGUCUUAUUCGAGGGCUCCUUUGAUUUCUCUAUUCCUGAUUUGACUGACUGCUGUGACUGCAGACUUAUGUCGAGACUUAGUCUUGAGGUCACACAGAGAUAUCGAUACUGCCAUGGACUCGUCAGGGAAAACCUCCUUCGUGAAAACAAGGUAAUUCCUGAUAAUUUUUGGUAAUUGCUCGUAAUUUCAGUGAAACCAAAUUUCCCAACUCCAGUCGCAGUUACUUCGAAUUACUUUUGGUCAAUUUCGAUCGAGUAUCUUGAAUUUAAUCAAGGUUAGGACACACGAACAUCAAUUCAAGCAAUCGAACAAAAAUGUCGUCACCAGAAGAUGUGAAAAGAUCAGCAAAGUCGAGCUAGAUAUUGGUAUCAGUACUAUGGUAUUGGUUACCACUAGUUCGUGC